CUCGAGAUGCAGUAAGAGAGAAAUCGAUGAACGUUCCAUUAUUAGAAGAAUAUAUAUCACCAGCGACUACACUGCACCUGAAUCAUCAUAAUGAAAUACGAGAUGAUUUACCGACUAGAGUUUGGGUUGAAUCAAAGAAGUUAUGGUAUAUUGCUGGCCCGGCUAUUGUUAGUCGUCUAGCUUCUUAUUCUACGUUCGUUAUCACCCAAGCUUUUGCUGGUCAUUUGGGUAACCUUGAGCUUGCUGGAACUGCUAUUUCCAUUAUGGUUAUCGUUGGUUUUAGUUUCGGCUUACUGUUGGGAAUGGCGAGUGCGUUAGAAACAUUAUGCGGUCAAGCUUACGGAGCUAAACAAUACCAUAUGCUAGGAAUUUACUUGCAGCGUUCAUGGGUUGUUUUGAAUAUCUUUUCAAUUUUACUUCUACCACUUUACAUAUUCACUGAUCCAAUUCUUAAGUUCUUGGGACAACCAGAUGAUAUAGCUGAGGUAUCAGGAUUAGUGACAACCUGGUUGAUCCCACUUCCUUUUGUCCUUGCCUUGCUAUUUCCUUUACAAAGAUUUCUUCAGUGCCAACUUAAGACACCUAUAGUUGCUUGGGUAAGUUUGGGUGCCCUACUGGUUCAUAUUUUCCUUAGCUGGUUAGUCAUCUUCAAACUUGGUUUUGGUGUUCGUGGAGCUGCUGCUACGUUGAAUUUCUCAUGGGGGAUUAUAGUUUUGGGAUUGUAUUCUUACAUUGCUUGUGGUGGUUGUCCUGAAACUUGGACUGGUUUUUCUAUAGAAGCCUUUACUGGCCUUUGGGAGUAUUUCAAACUCUCUGUGGCUUCUGGCGUCAUGUUAUGCUUGGAGAACUGGUACUACAAAGUACUGGUUUUGAUGACUGGGAACUUGGACAAUGCCACGGUUGCGGUCUCAGCUCUUACUAUCUGUAUGAGUAUAAAUGCAUGGGAGGUGAUGAUUCCACUUGCUUUUUUCGGAGCAACCGGCGUAAGGGUUUCAAACGAGCUUGGAACGGGGAAUGGAAAAGCUGCGAAAUUUGCUUCCAUAGUUUCAGCAACUACAUCUUUGAUAAUAGGGAUAUUUUUUUGUACCUUGAUAAUGAUUUUUCAUGAUAAGUUGGCAACCCUUUUCACCACGAGCAAUGUCAUCCUCCAAGCAGUUGAUAGUCUUGCAUUACUCUUGGCCUUAGCCAUUCUCCUGAACAGCAUUCAACCUGUUCUAUCAGGGGUAGCCGUUGGCUCGGGAUGGCAAGCUUCCGUAGCUUACAUUAACAUCGGCUGCUAUUAUAUAAUCGGGCUUCCCCUUGGAGCUACCCUUGGAUGGAUUUUCCAUCUUGGUGUUGGAGGUAUAUGGAGUGGAAUGAUAGGUGGUACCGCUAUUCAAACGCUGAUAUUGAUCAUAAUCACCAUUAGAUGUGACUGGGAUAUGCAGGCUCAAAAGGCGAGCUCGCGGAUGAUGUCAAAUUCAUUUGGCAAACCAUAAAAGCAUCACCUUAUACAUUGUUACAACUGAUGGUAGGCCACUUAGCUACCGCUAAGGUCCAUGUAACUGUAAUUCCAAUAAAAAGAUCUUUUCGUAAGCAGCAGCAGCAGCAUCAUUACAUAAAUGAUUCGUGUGUCGUCUUCUCCCACUUUUUUUUUCUUUUUUAUUUCACUAGAAUGUAAUGAGAAUUGUUUUUGAUCUUUUAUUUCGAA